GCAGGACCAACAUGUCUCCCAUGUGGACGCGCGCCGCCCGGCCCCUCUCAGUGACAGCUACCCGAUUGCUAGGCAAUAUUAGCGCCCCUAAGAGGUUUCGGUCUUCCUCCUACAUUCCAUCACCCUCUAGAAGUAUGUCGUACAGCAUUGCAGAGAAGGGAUGCCCCAACUCGCUGGAUUACCGAGUCUACAUCAAGAAUGAAGAUGGCCCCAUCUCGCCCUUCCACGAUAUUCCGCUCUUUGCCAACGAGGGCAACAAGAUCUUCAACAUGGUGGUCGAGGUGCCACGCUGGACCAAUGCCAAGAUGGAGAUUUCCACCAAGGAAUACCUGAACCCCAUCAAGCAAGACGUAAAGAAAGGGAAACUCCGCUACGUAGCCAACUGCUUCCCACACCACGGAUACAUCUGGAACUACGGAGCACUGCCCCAGACAUGGGAGGACCCCAACCACGUUGAUGAGGCUACAAGUUGCAAAGGUGAUAAUGACCCAAUUGAUGUGUGCGAGAUUGGAUACCGUGUGGCCAAGAGGGGAGAUGUUAUCCAAGUCAAGGUAUUGGGCACACUGGCUUUAAUUGAUGAAGGAGAGACUGACUGGAAGCUCAUUGCCAUUGAUGUGAAUGACCCACUGGCUCCCCAACUCAGUGACAUUUCUGAUGUCGAGAAGCACAUGCCAGGCUUCCUGAAGGCAACUGUGGAAUGGUUCAGGAUCUACAAAAUUCCUGAUGGCAAGCCUGAGAAUCAGUUUGCAUUCAAUGGAGAGGCUAAGGAUAGGGAGUUUGCCCACAAGAUUAUCCUUGAGACCCAUGAAGCUUGGAAAAGCCUAGUAGAAGGCAAUUCGGAUGCUGGUGGCCUUGACAUUGGGUCUGUUAUGGUUCCCCAUGCUGCAAAGAAGCUUCCUGUGAAUGAAGCCCAAACCACCAUUGAUGGUGCCCCAGAGGUUGGCCAGCCACAGCCUGUGGAUCCUAAAAUUGAUACCUGGCAUUAUGUAAGCUUGAAGUGACUUCCGUGGCCGUCGCGACUGUGAUAGUCCCUGGUGAUACUACAAAACAUCUUUAUUGUAUUCAGUUUCCGGUGACUUGUACAUUAUGAAAUAUAUACUUUGAAAAUAUAAUGCUGGAAUAACAUCCGUUGGAAAUUUUCCAGUAUUACGAGUCAUAUUUUACUCCUCUCUGCUCCUUUGCAUAUUUAACAGAGGCGUCACCAGGGAGUUGGUACUCUUUUGUAUCACUGGACGAACAAAUAUUUAUAUAUUUAAA